CACUAUUUUGCUGAUGCAGGGCCGGUUUCUGAGCAAGUUAUGGUUCUUCAAAACAUUGGAUCAUCGGUUCUCGUCUCUGAAAACCAGUUACCUGAACUUCACCAGCUCAUGACCGAAGCUGCGAAAAUCCUGAACACGGAAGCACCCGACUUUUACAUACGGCAAAACCCUGUCCCUAACGCUUACACCUUAGCGAUAAAUGGGAAAAGGCCGUUCGUCGUCGUCCACACUAGCCUCGUGGAGCUGCUCACUAGAAAGGAAUUGCAGGCUGUUUUGGCACAUGAGCUGGGUCACCUCAAGUGCGAUCAUGGCGUCUGGCUUACCUUUGCCAACAUACUAACAAUGGGAGCAUAUACCGUGCCUGGUUUGGGAAUGGUUGCCGGGUUCCUUGAAGAACAGCUGUUCAGGUGGCUGCGAGCCGCGGAGCUGACCUGCGACAGGGCGGCUCUUCUCGUAGUACAAGACCCCAAGGUUGUCAUCUCAGUCCUGAUGAAGCUCGCGGGAGGAUGCCCGUCCCUGUCGGACCAGCUGAACGUGGACGCCUUCCUGGAGCAAGCCCGCUCCUACGACAAGGCCUCGUCGAACCCGGUCGGGUGGUACAUCCGGAACGCUCAGACGAGGGAGCUGUCGCACCCUCUGCCCGUGAUGCGAGCCCGCGAGAUGGACGAGUGGUCGCGGAGCCAAGAGUACAGGACCCUGUUGCAAAAAAUGUUUCGGUAGGAUGUCGGUCUUGUCUGUCUGUGUACGAAUGAAAUGAAAUACAGUAGAAGAUAGCUUUGGAGUGGUGGUGGUGGUGGUACAAAACUAAAGAAGCAGUAGAGCUGAGCAGAGUGUAUAUAUACAUCAAUACAUGCAACUGAAAAGUAGAUUGGGUGCAGUAAAUGUUUUAAACUUUUCGAAUGAGCA